AUGCCCAGGACAGCUGAGCGCAUGGAUGCAAGCGGCACUGCAGACACUUUUGCAUUGGACCUUUUGGGGGUUUCAGCUGCUUUGGCCGGGCUGGCUGUGCGUGACCCCAGUCGCAACAACACGAAGGACAUUUUUGUCAACAACAUGAAGGGUUUAGUGGACGAGCUCCAGGAUCACAUACAUUCAUCAAUACAGCCGCACCAGGAGUAUCUCAAUGGUCUUUAUGGCAGCUUCCAGACCUGCAGAGACGAGCUGUACGCAAGCCUGGCCAAGGCGGGGAAGCAGAACAGCUCUGUCAGUCUUGGGCGAGCGGCGCACGAGCGAUGCAGGUCCGAGCAAGCACAGGCAAAGACAUCUUUGGCGGUCUGCGAAGCUGCAAAGCAAGAUCUCGCAAAGGCGGAUGAGUGUACAGCUUGGCCGGUGAUGCAGGUCACUUCGAUUCCGGACGCCGGAUCUGUUUGCUUGAAGACGGCAGUGGGGGAGACCUACGAGGCAUAUGUUCGUAGGAUGAAGGAACAUUGGGACGAUGAGCUCUCCAAGUAUGAAUCCAUGAAGGCCAGCUGCUCGACAAAAGCCAUCGCUCCUGCAGAGGACUGCUCCAAGGAGGAGACUGGCCUGGAGAGCAAGAAGUUGGAAUGCGACGGUGUGCAGAGCACCUUCGAACGCGGCUUUUGCGACCAAGCCGUGCAGGCCAACAAAGCCUGGUACAAGUAUCUCGUGUGCUACCGCGCGGCGAAAUCUUCGUACGAAGAUGCCACCCAGACCGCCAAGACGAUCGUUGACUCAAAGAGGCUGAACCUCGAUGCCUCGCACCGUAUCGAAUGCCUACUAAAGGUGUUUUCCAAAAAGCACGACGCAGAAGCGGCCCUCAGAGAGUGCAAGCUCAUGGAUCACAGUGCGGAAACUGAGAAGAUCCAGGUGCAGCUCCAGAAGGUCCCGGACGCGGAGACACCGCCGCCUUCCGUGAUCAUUCCAGGCGAUGCUGCAUUUGCCAAGGAGGAAUACGUGAACUUGGCCAGCGCGGCAUCUGCUCCCCAGACCUGUGCUUUGCCUUUUCAAUUGGCAAUGUGA